AUGUCGUUCCAUGUUCCCUUCAUUUCCACGUGGCUUUUCCGACUUCAGCAUUUCAGAAGAUCUGGGCCCAGGACUAUUACGGUGGUGAGCGACACGAACCUUGUGCCGUUGCUGGCGAUGUAUGGCUUGAAGCGUGCCUCUUCCAGGAGACCGCCUUACUUGUCGGCAUUGAUCCAUGAGUUGCCGCUUGGAUUGAGUAACGAGGCGUCCAAGAGCUCCCUGUGUGGCUGUUCAUCACCAUAUAGUGUGUCUAUUGGGGAUCUAAGGUAUCAACACCGGAACGGCUCAAUGUUCGUGCGCGUUUGGGAACCUAGCGAAGCCGGGUCAGGGACAUGUCACGGCAUGAUCUUCAAAGCUGGGAGGCUCAGGUGUUCGACUCACAGUGCCCGCCCAGGUUCUUUACAAUGGCCGUGUGCAGAAAGUUGGCGACUUAUCCGUUCUUGUGUGUGCAAUGGCUUACACACAAUACAUCACAAUAUUGUGUUUCGCUUCCAGGUUUGUCAUGGCCGCUUUCCACUGUGCCCAUUGCAGGAGCUGCUUGGCCCGACUUUUCUGUUUUACAGCAUUUGCAAACACACAAUAUCACACAAUGAUGUUCCAAGGCAAAAUAGUUAA